AUGAAUAAGAGCGAUGGUGAUAGCGACAGGGUACCGUCAGCUUUGCAUCAAGUAAACAAACGUUCAGCGGAGUAUAUUGUUCGAUCAGGAUUGGCAGGAGGGGUCGCAGGUUCCUGUGCAAAAACCCUGAUUGCGCCACUUGACCGAAUCAAGAUUCUUUUUCAAACGUCAAAUCCACACUAUCUCAAGUACUCAGGGUCAAUGAAGGGUCUUGUACUUGCAGGAAGACAUAUAUGGCUGAAUGAUGGCCUUAGAGGGUUUUUUCAAGGGCACUCUGCGACUUUAAUCAGAAUUUUUCCAUAUGCAGCCAUCAAAUUCAUUGCAUAUGAGCAGAUAAGACACAUUCUGAUUCCCUCUCGAGAAUAUGAGACCCAUUGGAGAAGAUUAGUGAGCGGUUCGCUUGCUGGCCUUUGCAGCGUCUUCGUCACUUAUCCACUUGAUUUAAUUCGAGUAAGACUAGCAUAUGUGACAGAUCACCGUCGCAUCAAGAUAUGGCCGGUUGUUCGAAAGAUUUUUCAUGAGCAGGCAUCUGAUUCUCUGGCCUCUAAGCCCUAUGUUCCCUCCUGGUUUGCCCACUGGUGUAAUUUCUACCGAGGAUUUACCCCUACCAUUAUUGGGAUGAUUCCUUACGCUGGGGUUUCAUUCUUUGCGCACGACCUUUGUGGGGAUAUUUUGAGAAGUCCCCUUAUCGCACCUUUCUCUGUUUUGGACGUUUCAGACGCCGAAUUAAGUAUGCAUUCAAAGGGUUCCGGGUCGAGGCCCUUGAAAACAUGGGCAGAGCUAAUAGCUGGUGGACUUGCAGGCAUGGCCUCCCAAACUGCAGCUUAUCCAUUCGAAAUUAUUAGGAGAAGGCAGCAAGUUAGCGCCGUAUCUCCUACGUCUGAUCACAACUUUCAAACAAUACCCGAAAUGUUCAAAAUCGUAUACAAGGAACGUGGGUGGAGGGGAUUUUUCGUUGGCUUAAGCAUAGGCUAUAUUAAGAUCACACCAAUGGUUGCAUGCAGUUUUUUUGUUUACGAGAGAAUGAAAUGGUAUUUGGGCAUUUAA